GUCAUUUUGGAUUGUGUUCGUUUGUUGAAAUUGUCACUUAGUGAAUAACUUGAAAUCUGUAUUCGCCGCAAAAAAAAAACUUGGAAAAUGAUUCGCGCAAUGUUAUUUACCAAAUGGAAUCGGUCGGUGGCAGGAUCACUGGUCAAUUACUGGGAUAACUCCACUUUGAAGCUUUUGAGUGGCAAUAAAGCAUAUCCCCGUGCUGUGAUCCUGAACCCAGCACGCUGCUUUUCUGUUGGAGGUGGCGAUGAUGACAAACCCAAAACCACGCCUCCUGGUUUUGUGGCUCCCGGCUCCACUGGUAAAUCCUCCCCAUUUAACGCUGGUAUCCUCGGAAGCAGCACCUUGGGAAAUAAACCAAAAAACACCACCCAGAAAGAUUUGACAACAUCAGAGGUUCAGUCGCCACCCGUUUCAAUAGUCACCUCUGGCGGAAAACUUGGCAGAGUCGAUCCUCUGGACACCAUCGUCCGCAGCAAGGCCACCGAAGAAAGUUCCGGAUCCUCAAAUGAGGAUAAGAAGAGCGAGGCCCAGAAAAAGGCAGCAGAGGCCAAGGAAGCGGCUGCCAAGCAGUUGCAGGACAUCAUGGCCAAUAUGCCUAGCAAGCAACAGACUGAAAAAUACUUCUUUCGCGUUGUGGCCUUCAUUUAUGACUUGUCCUACCUCACCGCCACCUGGCUGCUGAAUUUUAUCGAACACAAUAUCGUUCGGAACGCCAAGGUUCAGUACUACUGGAAGAGAUUCCAUGAGAAAAUGGAGCAGGCCAAGAAGGAUUAACUCCCAGCGGAGUACAAAUUUAUAUUAUACAACUCAUGCGAAAGCAAAAAAAUAAAACAAAUCGCUGACGAAUCGAAA